AUGGCAUCAGGCAUGUGGGAAAAUGGACAGGUCGGUUCACGGAGACUUCAGGAGUCGUCCCACAAGAUUUGGCCACUGUGUUGGAAUCUGUCCGACGUUGCUCAAAUGGCGGGCGACGAGUUGAAAUCAUCGAACAGCUGCCUGGCCGCCAAGAAUGCAGCUGUCAAACGUCAGUUUCGUCAGGAUCCUGGUGUACUUGUCGAGCUGGGGAAACUCCAAGUGAGAUGCGAAUACCUGUACGAGAAUGAGAUUGGCAACUGCUAA